UUAUUUCCUUCUUCUUUACUCAAUUCUUCAUUUUCCACCCCACCGCCAUUCCUUUCUCGGGUCUCUCAAAACCCAACACUCACCUUCAGCAUGUAUGUCAAGAAGCGUGAUGGACGCCAGGAGCGCGUUCAGUUCGACAAGAUCACAGCCCGUGUUUCAAGACUAUGUUAUGGUUUAGACACAGACCAUGUCGAUCCCGUUGCCAUUACCCAGAAGGUCAUCUCUGGUGUCUAUGGUGGUGUCACCACAGUCCAGCUUGACGAUCUCGCAGCUGAGACGGCCGCAUAUAUGACCGUCACUCACCCAGACUAUGCUAUCCUUGCUGCACGUAUUGCCGUGUCAAACCUCCACAAACAAACGAAGAAGCAAUGGUCUUCUGUCAUCAGCGACCUUUACCACUACGUCAACCCGAAGAACAUGAAACCAUCUCCUAUGAUCUCCAAGGAGACGUACGAAUGUGUUAUGAGACACAAGGAGGAUUUUGACUCCGCAAUUGUCUAUGACCGAGAUUUCAACUACCAAUACUUUGGCUUUAAGACUUUGGAGCGGUCUUACCUACUGAAGCUCAACGAGAAGAUUGUAGAAAGGCCACAGCACAUGAUCAUGCGUGUAGCUGUUGGUAUCUGGGGCGAUGAUGUAGAGAAAGUCAUUCAGACUUACAACCUCAUGUCCAGCAAAUACUUCACCCAUGCUUCCCCCACCCUCUUCAACGCUGGAACCCCCCAGGCGCAGCUAGCAUCCUGCUUUUUAGUCGACAUGAAGGAAGAUAGCAUCGAGGGUAUCUACGACACCCUUAAGACUUGCGCUAUGAUCUCCAAGACAGCCGGUGGUAUUGGUCUCAACAUUCACCGCAUUCGUGCCACCGGUUCAUACAUUGCUGGCACGAAUGGUACCUCCAACGGCAUUGUGCCCAUGCUGCGAGUCUUCAACAACACUGCGAGAUACGUGGAUCAGGGUGGCAACAAGAGGCCUGGCGCCUUUGCUAUCUAUCUCGAGCCCUGGCACCAGGAUGUCUUCGAGUUCCUUGACCUUCGCAAGAACCACGGUAAAGAAGAGGUCCGUGCACGCGAUCUUUUCCUCGCUCUCUGGAUUCCCGACCUUUUCAUGAAACGUGUUGAGAAGAACGGCGAGUGGACCCUGAUGUGCCCUAGUGAGUGCGCGGGUCUUGCUGAUGUCUACGGUGAUGAGUUUGAGGCUUUGUAUGAGAAGUACGAAGCAGAAGGUCGCGGCCGCCAGACGGUCAAGGCUCAGAAGCUAUGGUACGCUAUUCUGGAGGCUCAGACCGAGACUGGAAAUCCCUUUAUGCUUUACAAGGAUCACUGUAACCGCAAGAGCAACCAGAAGAACCUUGGAACCAUCCGCAGUUCAAAUUUGUGCACUGAGAUCGUCGAAUACUCGGCUCCCGAUGAGGUAGCCGUCUGCAACUUGGCCUCUCUUUCGCUGCCCUCAUUCGUUGAUUACAACAAGGGCACCUACGACUUCCAGAAACUACAUGAAGUUACCCAAGUCGUCGCCCGCAACCUAAACAAAACCAUCGAUGUCAACUACUAUCCUGUCCCGGAGGCACGCAACAGUAACAUGCGCCACCGUCCUAUUGGCUUAGGUGUUCAGGGUCUUGCAGACACCUUCCUAGCACUACGUAUGCCAUUUGAGUCCCCGGAGGCUCGACAAUUGAACAAGCAGAUCUUUGAGACUAUCUACCACGCUGCCUUGACCGCGUCUGUGGAGAUGGCCAAAGUUGAAGGUACCUACUCCACGUAUGAAGGUUCUCCUGUCUCGCAAGGCAUUCUCCAAUACGAUAUGUGGAAUGUUACUCCUAGUGACCUCUGGGACUGGGCUAGUCUCAAGGAGCAAAUUAAGCAACAUGGUGUACGAAACAGCUUGUUGGUUGCCCCUAUGCCCACCGCCAGCACUUCCCAAAUUCUGGGCAACAACGAAUGCUUCGAGCCUUAUACUUCGAACAUCUACUCUCGUCGUGUCCUCGCUGGAGAGUUCCAAGUCGUCAACCCUUGGCUGCUCAAGGAUCUUGUUGAUAUGGGUCUCUGGUCUGACGCCAUGAAGAACCGCAUCAUUGCCGAAGGUGGUUCAAUUCAGAACAUCCCCAACAUCCCUGCGGACCUCAAGACCCUUUACAAGACCGUCUGGGAGAUCUCUCAACGAACCAUCGUCCAGAUGGCUGCCGACCGUGGUGCCUUCGUCGAUCAGUCUCAAUCGUUGAACAUCCACAUGAGAGAACCCACCAUGGGUAAGAUUACCAGCAUGCAUUUCACCGGUUGGAAGCUCGGCCUAAAGACUGGCAUGUACUAUCUCCGUACCCAAGCGGCUGCCGCACCUAUCCAGUUCACUGUAGACCAAGAGGCCCUCAAGGUUGAAGACUCGAAUUCCGCCAGGUCAGGUACGCUGAAGAAGCGUGCCCCUCCGGGUAAUUAUGUGUCUUCUCCAUCCGCAGGUCUUUCCAGGCACGUAUAUUCCCAGCGGGACGACUUGAACAAUAAUCUGGCAGCGCCGCUUACCAAUGGGAUGCCGACGCCCAGCACCACUCCUCCCCUAGUCUCGGAGGUCAAGGUACCUCGACCUGUUGCAUCACCCAAUAAGGCUGUACCGUUUAAGGCAGAUGUCGAAGAGGGCGAUAGUCCCAAGGCUCUAGCUACCGAACCGGCAGAGAAGAUCAGGGAGGAGGAACUCCCAGAGCCGGCCCUCGACGGCCAGAAGCCGAACCAAGAUGAAGACAAGGAGGACAAGAGCAAAGAGCGCGAGUACGACAUCUACGCCGAUGCCGUCUUAGCUUGCAGUAUCGAGAACCCUGAGGCCUGUGUUAUGUGCAGUGGUUAAAAGGUUUGAUGAGGAUAUGGGAAUGAUUAUGACACGUAGUUGACGAGGGAAUAAUGGGAACCGGGUUGUUAAUGACAGAAGCGUGUCUGGUUUGGACCGCACGGAGAAACGUAGUAAAUGAAGAUGCAUCGAUGCAAUUGCAUCA